GGCCGGGGGUGAAACGAAAGUAUAACAGGCCAGAGUUUCCACGAGACUUGCGGAACCCUCAUACCGAGGUGUUUGUAGCUCCACCCUGUGUUAGAAAGGCCAUGAUGACCAGAGCGCAGACAAAGAGCCCAAUGGAGGAGAAGUUAAACAGCAUGGAGACUAGAACCUUGAAACUCAAAGAAGACACUUACAGUUGCCUCUAUCAUAUCCAGAGUGACCUCAACAAUUUGUUUAUUCGCAAAUAUCACUGCGAGAUGGAACUGAAAGGUCCGAGACUUCUGGCGCCUUUUUCUGGAUCAGAAGGUUCUGAGUUAGUGUAUGAGAAGAAGCUGUCUGAAGGCCUCCGCGUGAGUGUCUGGAAGGGCGACAUGACCAGACAAAAUGUAGAUGCUGUAGUUAAUGCGGCUAAUGAAGAUCUUCAACAUAUUGGGGGCUUGGCACUUGCUUUAGUAAAAGCCGGGGGAGCAGUUAUACAAGACGAAAGCAGGAGGCACAUAGAAAAGUACAAAAAAGUGAAGUCAGGAUCCAUCGCUGUGACAUCAGCAGGAAAUCUGCCGUGCAAGAUGAUUAUUCACGCUGUGGGCCCGGAAUGGUCUCCUGGUAUAAAUGCUAAAUGUGAGCAGGAACUGAAGGAAGUGAUUAGGAACGUCCUUAUGCAGGUAAAGAAUGAAAGCAAUGUCCGCAGUGUGGCCAUUCCGGCUGUGAGCUCCGGGAUAUUCAGAUUUCCACUGCAGCGUUGCACAGAAAUUAUCGCGAGUACUACCAAGAAAUUCUGCGACACAGAGACAUAUCACAAGUUGGCAGAAAUCAGGUUUGUCAACAUCGAUACCAUAACAGUUGACGCAAUGAAAGCAGCCUGCGAGGGUGUAUUCGGAAUAAGUGAUCAGAUAGAUAGAAUACAAAGCUCUGCACAAGAUUCCUCCCAGCGACUCUCUGCCUAUAAAAAUCCUUCUUAUUCCCACAAUGCAACAGAUCCUGCCCAUCAGAAUCCAGCUACUACCUACUCUGCAGCAGGUUACUCUUAUCCAGCUCAAAUGGUUCAUUCCAGUCCUUCCUAUUCAGGUGUCACUUCCUCCUAUGGAUCAUCAGAUUCUGCCUACCAAGUACCAACAACCAGCAACCAAAAGGAAUAUUUCUCAGGCUCCAAACCCACAUUUACCAUCUAUGGGAUGAACCUUUACUUAACAAAAGGGUACAUUGAGGAACAGAAAACAGCCGUCAUCGUAAAUUCCCUUGGUGCCAAUCGGAAUCUGAAUGAAGGAAAUAUCUCCAAAGCAAUCCUGCGCAAAGCAGGGAAUAGUCUCUCGCAAGAAGUGCUGGACAAAAGUAAAUAUGUUUCACCAACAGACAUAAUGAUACCCACGCGUGGAUACUAUCUGCCUUGUGACUUUGUGUACCAUGUUAUAUUGCAGCGUAGUGGUUCUGACCAAAAGAAGAUCCUGAAAGACGGCAUAAAUGCUUGUCUCAAUACAGCCCUCCGAUAUAACACAUCUUCCAUCUCAUUUCCGGCUUUGGGAACUGGAAUGUUGUGUUUCCCAAAACCUGUGGUGGCAAAAGUGAUGACUGAUGAAGUUCUAAGUUUUGCAAAAGAAAAUCCGUGCAACAUGGACAUCUUUUUUGUGAUACAUCCCAACGAUACAGAUACUUACAGUGAGUUCAAGAAAGCAUUCCAAGCCCAACAGCAACACAGUGCCUCGGCACCCCAGGAAUGGAAAGCCCCCCAUGGACUGAAUGCUGCAGCAGAAGAAAUGUCACUGACCUUGAGUGGCCCCAGAUAUGAAGAUGUUGAGGAUGCAAUGUUCUGGAUGCAGUAUAUUAUCAAGGCAUCUGGCUCUGUUCUCAUACAGAACAAUCACAUUUAUCUUUUUGGCAAGAAAGAACAGAGAACAUUAUGCUCCCCACAGUUCUCUCAGGUUGAGAUUUCUGAGGAUCUGCGUGAUGGCAAGGUCUCCCUAGAGAUUACGGGUUCCCAAAAGGACGUAAUCAAGGCAGUGAUUCAGGUGGAGCUGAUGCUCUUGGAUGCACAGGAGGAACAUGCAGAAAGCAUGCAGGAGGAGCUGUUUGAGUCAGCAGUGCAGUGGAUGUAUGAUGUACAUAAAUACCCAGCAAGAGAAAACUGGAUGAUAGAGACGGCCUAUGUGUCCCACAACAACCACAAAUUGGAUAUCAGCACAAUCUCACACUCCAUUGAUUUUAAGGCAUUCAAAGUAAAGGCUCCAAACAAAGAGUUUAAGCUAUACAGAGAGUGCCUUUUACCUACAAAAUUGGAUUAUUCACAGUCUAAUUCAAAGUUUCACUGGAGAGGUGAGCAGCUGUCAGAACUCAGACUGGUAGAGAAGAAGCUGGAGAAGAAGCUUGAUCUGUUCAGCUAUUGUGAGAGGCAGUUAAAAAAAUCCAAACUGGAAAUAGUGAAGGUGGAACAAAUCUACAACCAUGUCCUGUUGGCCGUUUUCAAUUCUAAGAAAAAUUCCAUUGGUGACAAAGAAAUGCAGCUAUACCAGCGGGUACCUGGGCAGUUCCGAAACCUGAUCUGUAACGUGGGAUUCCAUAGGUACUACACAGGUGCAAAAGAUCCGAUACAAGGGCCCGGCAUCAGCUUUUACAAGGAGCUGGAAAGGGCCCUUCAGGCUGUGCAAGAAAACUCUGAAAAAUUGGUCUACAUUUUCCUAGCAGAAGUCGUGCUUGGAAAAACUAAAGAAGCAAAGAAUAGCCCCUUCAUCCCCCUGGAUGGGGCAGAUAUUUUCAAUUCCUAUAACAGCCUUGUCGACUCCAAACACAGUCCUCAAAGCUUCGUCAUUUUUGACAGUUACCAAGCCUAUCCGAAAUAUCUGUUCACCUGUAAGAGAAAUGGCACACCCAUCUAACCAUUUAAUCGAAUUAUCAAGAAAAGGGCUUGUAAAUACAAUAUUCCAGCUUCUUAAAGGUCACAUACUGUAUAUCCACUCAAACAACUUAAUGGAUAGUGCUCUUCUGCACACUUUUGCAAUGAACAUUAUAUUUUUAAACAGCAAAUACUAUGAGCUGUUGUUUGUUUCCUCUACGGUGCCAGAUUUCCAACAAUUAAAUUGACCUAUUGGGGGGGCGUAAUACAGUCUCCUAGUGGCAUGUAUAAAAUAUAGGUGGGGGACCUGGAAGGGACAAGGGUAGUUUCUUUCUCCUGCUUCAUUAUCCACUUUUUGGGAAUGAGGAAAAGGACCAGAUCAGUGUUGUGACCAAACUGCAAAUGCAGUAUUAAAGAGUGGGUCGCAAGUUGGUCGUUCUUUAAGUUGCAGGCUUUAUUCCUUUAAUGUGUUUGGAUGUGUUGGUAAUAUUAUCUAAUUCACUUGAGAAUAAUAGAAGAUUGAUUUUUACACUAUUUUUCUGGGCUGUGGGGAAGGGGAACAUAUGACCAGAGCUGAUACUCAGAGGGAGAGCCUACAAAAAAAGACAAUGGCUCCAUAUAGAGUAUUGAGGAGGUGACCAUUAGCUGUAAGAAAAAUUUUAAAACAGGGCAGCCUUUGCGCAGUCUCCUUAUUUAGGGAUAUGGUUUUUUAAGGGGUUUUAUUAGUACUGAUUAUCCUAAUAAACAUAUUUAACUGUUAGAAAUGAUACAUAUGGAAAAGUAAUUUAAUAAAAUAUCUGAAAAUGUC